AUGUCAUAUGCUGAGCUGCCCCAGACUACACUCACCCUGGAGCCUCCAUUCCCAGAGAUAUUCACUGGGGAGACAGUUACUCUGAGGUGUGGGGUUGAGGGGAGUUCUGCUGGCUGGAAAUAUCUCUGGUACAAAGACAAUGAGGACACUCCAGUGCUCCAGACUGCUGGCCGCAGUAUAACUGGUGACAGCUACACCAUCACUGCAGCUGCUGUAUCUGACCAGGGCCAGUACUGUUGUCGAGGACGAAGAGCAGAUCAACCAGGUUCCUCUCAGCUCAGUGAUCCUGUGACAGUAACUGUGUCUGAGGGACGACUUAAGCCAGCACUGUCCUGGGAGGGGAGAGGGGGAGAAAUAUUUGAAGGAGACACAGUCAUCCUGAGCUGCUCUGUUCAGCCAAAUUCUAGUGGCUGGAGAUAUCUGUGGUACAAAGACAGGCAGGGAGCUCCAGUGCACCAGAGUAACAGCAGCAGUGGAUCUGGAGCCGGAUUCACAAUCAGUGCUGCAGCUCUGUCCCACAGUGGAGAGUACUGGUGUCGAGCUGGACGGGGCAGUAACACGUUUUACUCACAAUACAGCGAUCCCAUCUGGGGAAAUGUAACUGCUCUUUUCUCCAGGGUGACUCUGACAGCAUCUCCAGGAGCCACAGUGAAGGAGGGAGAGGCUCUUAACCUGACCUGUGAGGCAGCAGUGAACAAAACCCCCUGCCCUGAACUGCACUUCAGCAUUGUGAGAGACGGGGAGCCUGUGACUAACAGCACUGACUCUGCACUGUACAGCACAACCAGCACUGAGAAGAGCCACGCUGGGAGCUACACGUGUGCUGUGGAGUCACAGGGAGUGAGGAAGAGCAGCCAGGAGUUACACAUUGAAGUGCAAAGUAAGAUUACAAACCCGUCCUGA